GACACGCCCCUGACGGGAAAUCGAAAGUGAAAUAGGGAGCCUGCGGCCCGCUGCUGAAAGCCCUGAAAAGGCUACCCCCAGGAUCUCCACAGUGCUGCUUACUAAGAACAUCACCCCUAUGGCUGCAGCAAUGCCCUUGGCAAUGAUGUGGGAGGAGGUCACAUGCCCUAUCUGCCUGGAUCCUGUAGUGGAGCCUGUGAGCAUUGACUGUGGCCACAGCUUCUGCCACAAAUGCAUCUCUGAGGUCGGGAAAGAUGGUGGCGGCGUCUGUCCUGUGUGUCAGCACACCUUCUUGCUCCGAAACCUCCGGCCCAAUUGGCCACUGGCUAACGUGGUGGACAACCUUAAACAAAUUGGCCAGAAUGCCAAUGAAGUCACACAGAGGGAAUGGUGUCAGGUACAUGGAGAGAGACUGCACCUGUUCUGUGAGGAAGAUGGGAAGAUCCUCUGCUGGGUAUGUUCCCAGUCCCAGAACCACCGUAACCACAAAACGGUCCCUGUCGAGGAGGCUGCUCAGGAGUACCAGGAGAAGCUCAAGGUGGCAUUAAGGAAACUGAGAAAAGAACAAAAGUUGGCUGAGGAGUUGGAAGUGAAUACUGCAAUGAAGAGAGCAGCCUGGAAGGCAAGUGUUGUGCUCCAAAGGGAAUCUCAGAGUCAGGUUGAGAAACACAAACGGAGGAUUCACGCAGAAUUUGUACAGCAGAUAAACUUCCUGACUGCGGAGGAACAGAGGCAAAUGCAGAGGCUAGACGUGGAGGAGAGGGAGCAGCUGAGAAUCCUAGGGGAGACAGAGGCCAUGCUGGCCCAGAAGACCCAAGCCCUGCAGGAGCUGGUUGUGGAGCUGGAGAGGAGGAGCAAGGGCUCACCCCUAGAGCUGCUGCAGGAAGUGAAAAGUGUCCUGGGAAGGACUGAGGCUUGGAACCUGAAGGAGCUGGACAUGACCUCCCCUGGUCUGAGGAGUGUGUGCCUCGUGCCAGGGCUGAAGACGAUGCUGAGGACGUAUGGAGUACACAUCACCCUGGAUCCACACACAGCCAAUCCGUGGCUCAUCCUUUCAGAGGAUCGGAGACAAGUGAGGCUUGGAGACAGCCAGCAGGAAGUGCCUGAAAAUGAAAGCAGAUUUGACAUGUAUCCCAUGGUCCUGGGUGCCCAGUGCUUUGACUCUGGAAAGGCUUACUGGGAGGUAGAUGUGAGAGGAAAAGAGGCCUGGGACCUGGGUGUUUGUACAGAUUCUGCACAGAGGAAGGGGCACUUUUUGCUCAGCCCUGGGAACGGCUUCUGGACAAUUUGGCUGUGGAACAAACAAAAAUAUGAGGCUGGCACCUGUCCCCAGACUCCCCUCCACCUUCAGGUGCCUCCAUGCCAGGUUGGGAUCUUCUUGGACUGUGAGGCCCACACAGUCUCCUUCUACAACAUCACUGACCAUGGCUCCCUCAUCUAUACCUUCUCUGAAUGUGCCUUUGCUGGACCUCUGCGGCCUUUCUUUGGUACUGGUUUUAACGAUGCAGGAAGAAACGCAGCACCUCUUGUGCUCUGUCCACUGGAGGUGGGAUCGUAGGGAUCCAUGGAGCAGUGGUAGCACUCUCUGAACACCGACACUGCCACUGUUGGUGUCUUUCUCAGCCAUUGACUCUGCCUCAUUUCCCCAGGAACUCUGAACCACUUUGUUUCUGUAGAGGUGUCGGGAUACCAGCAAGCAGAUUGUGGCAGACAAUUCACUGAAAAUCUACAUAAAAUGACUUUCAACAUCAGUA